UUGCUGCGCCAUAACAGUUUGCCGCCACAGUUCAGGGAAGGCGAAGGUUGACCACGCUGUCCGAGUAGUCGUUUGGCAACUGUUAGAACUAGAAAACGGGCACGUUUUGUGUGAAAUACGCACAUUUAAGCACGUACAGACGUACAUCGUUGCUUCAAAUCAGGCAAAAGAAGACAGCCGAGAAGGAAAACCGUCGUUUGAACGAGGAUUCUGCUAGGCCGCGUUAACAAGCAGAUCGCCGACAUCAUGGCCGACGACUUUGACAUCGAAGCAAUGCUCGAGGCGCCAUUUAAAAAGACAUGCCUAUAUCUCACCUCUACUCCCAUGAAUUCCAGUGUGAACUGUCAAAAAAAUGAAGGAUGAGACCAAGUCCGUAAAUUCCAAUGGCCAUGAAGAGCGAAGCAAGAAGAAAAAGAAGAGCAGGAGUCGCAGCAGGAGUAGGGAGAGAAAGAGGAGCAAAAGUCGAGACCGCAAGAGGAGCAAGAGUCGUGAGCGGAGCCGUGAGCGCAAGAGGAGCCGCAGCAGAGACAAGCGGCGCAGCCGCAGCAGAGAGAGAAAGCGGAGCGGCUCCCGGAGCAAGGAGCGCGCGGGACGCUUCAGACCCUCCUUUUCUGGGCCGAAAUUUAACGGUGGUUCCAGGGGGAAGACUGGCCCACCACCUGCCAUCAAACUAAGCCGUAGACGGUCUAGGAGCCGCAGUCCCUUCAAGAGAGACAAGAGCCCAAUCAGACAGCCCAUAGAUAACCUCACCCCUGAAGAGAGGGAUGCACGCACAGUUUUUUGCAUGCAGCUUGCUGCCAGAAUUCGGCCACGGGAUCUGGAGGAGUUCUUCUCUGCUGUGGGGAAGGUGAGGGAUGUGAGGAUGAUAUCUGACAGAAACUCCAGGAGAUCCAAAGGCAUUGCCUACAUCGAGUUUGUGGAAGCCACUUCUGUGCCUCUGGCAAUUGGCCUGUCUGGACAAAGGCUGCUGGGAGUACCAAUCAUUGUUCAAGCUUCACAGGCUGAAAAGAACAGAGCAGCUGCAAAUGCCAACAAUCUGCAGAAAGGCAGUGCAGGGCCUAUGAGGCUGUAUGUUGGCUCACUGCACUUCAACAUCACAGAAGACAUGCUCAGGGGCAUCUUUGAACCUUUUGGACGGAUUGAUAGCAUACAGCUUAUGAUGGACAGUGAAACCGGGAGAUCCAAGGGCUAUGGCUUUAUUACAUUUGCUGAUGCAGAGUGUGCCAAGAAAGCCCUGGAGCAGCUUAAUGGCUUUGAGCUAGCUGGCAGGCCCAUGAAGGUGGGCCAUGUUACUGAGCGCACUGAUGCCUCCACCGCCAGCUCCUUCCUGGAUAACGAUGAGCUGGAAAGGACUGGUAUUGACCUGGGCACUACUGGAAGGCUACAGCUCAUGGCCCGGCUAGCCGAGGGUACUGGACUGCAAAUCCCCCCAGCUGCACAGCAAGCGCUUCAGAUGAGUGGUUCUAUGGUUGCAAUGGCAGCAGCUACAGCGGCUAUGAAUCCUGGAUUGAGCUUCAAUAUCAACGUGCCCACAAACCAACCUUUGAAUCUGCCAUCUCAGCCAAUUGCCACACACUGCUUCCAGCUUUCCAACAUGUUCGAUCCAAAUUCGGAAAAUGAUCCUGGAUGGGAUAUUGAAAUCCAAGAUGAUGUCAUUGAUGAAUGUAACAAACAUGGAGGAGUGAUACAUAUAUAUGUGGACAAGAAAUCUGCUGAGGGAAAUGUGUAUGUGAAGUGCCCAACCAUCCCUGCCGCAAUGGCUGCAGUUAGUGCAUUACAUGGACGUUGGUUUGGAGGUAAAAUGAUCAAAGCCGCAUAUGUCCCUCUGCCAACAUACCACAAUCUUUUCCCAGAGUCUGUGCAAGCCACCCAGCUUCUUGUGCCCACUCGCCGGUGAUCUCUUGUUCCUGGAGACAGUCAUUUUUCAGUCUGUUCUCUUUCCUCUCUCUUUUUAACACUUGGGCAAAUGUAUUAAUAUUUCAGUCAUGCGAACUAUGGCAGUUGCCUGUGCCCUUUUCUUCUCCUCCCUUACCUCUUUCCUCUUUCUUAAUUACGAUUAGAGGUUUGAGCGUCAUGUUCAAAUGCCUUUACAUUACUUUGGCAUUAAAGUUUUUCUAUGUACAGCCUAGUUUUGUUUUUGCUUCCCCACACCCUGUCCUGUAAUUUCUUACUUUUUUUUUUUUUUUUUAGUUUGUCUCCUACCACAUAUUGUCUUUGUGAUUGGCAUGAGUACUACUUGAGAAUGUACAGUUAGGAACACAUACAAAUGUUAAUUUUUUUUUUUUUUAAAUAAUUAUAAAACCCUGCAGUUUUGGUUAAAUAUCUACAUAUUCAGUGUUUUGGGCUCUAUGAGCUGUGGGAACUAGAAGGCAGAUGAGAUCCUCUUGUGUUCAUAGAGACCAUACAGUUUCAGAGUAUCUUGUUUUUCUAAUUAAGACUUGUUUUUGUAAAAUUCUUGAUGAACAGGUCAUUUCAAAUAAAGCCAUGAUGUUGGCAGGGGUUUUGGUUUGUA